AAAAACAAGGAAUGUUUUAUACGACAUCUGCAAUCGCAACUUCAACGGAUAUAUGCACUGAAUUGGAAACCAAGGCCAUCAAAUUACGAGCCAAUAAAAAGGACGAGCCAGAUUGCACUGGCUUCAAAGGUCAACAAAGCUUAACAACAUUUAACGCGACUUCGCGAAACAAUAACUACAGCAAGAGAAAAUUCUCAAAUCGGAGUCGCAAUAACGGUACUGCUGCUAACAAUAAUCUUAACAUCGAUCAAAAUUUAGUUGUUGAAGCUCAAUACGGGGUGGACUGCGACGAUGGUACCAAAAGUAAGCGAUUGAGCAUCAAAAAUGAGAAUUUCUUGCAUGCUGGCUCUGCAGAUACUUAUUCCAAGGCAAACAUAAUUAGCAUUGCCCAGAGCCAUAUUAUUGAUGACGACGCUGACUAUAGGCACGCUACGCAGCUCAUGGGAACCGAAUUAGCCGAGCACACGAUGAACAGCAGUAUUAUGGAUCAGUUUUUCUUGACAUCUGGCGACUCCGAUUGCAGUAGUCUGGAAAAACACCUCGUAGUUGCUGUGGAUGGCUGCAAUAGCAGCAGGCAAGAAGGCAACAGCGACCACUUCAACAUUGGAAGCGCUGAUUUAUCAACUAAUAAUAAAAUGAAGAAAAGUGCAGGCGAGAGCUUCGGCGUUCAGCGGGAUGUUCAAAAUGAUAAUAACAAUGUCUUUACCGAAUUCUUAUUAAAAAAUGACGAUUCCGGUAAUAUUCCUAUAAGUAGCAGCACCUCAGGGUUGUCUGAAAGUAAGGAUGGGAACGCUGUUGCACAACGCGUUUUCAAUUGCAUUGAGAGCAGUGGAGAUUUGUUAGAUAAAACUGCUAAUUCGUAUGAACAACAAAUACACAUCCCACAUAAUUUAGAUAUCGACAGCGCUUACAACCAAGGUAGUUGUCUAUUGGAUAGUUCACCGUCAUCGGAUGAAGAAAAUGACUAUUGCCAUCCAACUCAGCAAAACAUCCAAGUUGUUAAUAAUAUUGGUGUCGUAGUGCAAAGCAUACUCGGGACUACUGAACAGCAGGUGGCGACUGCAGCGGCAAUGACUGGCGAUGACAAUCACGACGAUUACAAAUUAACACCUAAAUACGUUCUGCAAUUGCACACCAUGAAGCAGCCGCAUGACCAGCAACAGAAGCAGCAACAGAGACAAAUACAUCAAGCCGCCGUACUGGCAUCGCAGCCAGUCACUACUAAAAUGAAUCCAGAUAUUACAGAUGAUGGCUUUUACGAAGUUGACGAUGGCAGCAAUAUCAAUGAUGCGCAGCGAUUGCAAGGCAUCAGUAGCCUGGAUGGCGUGUUGACAUUGCAGCAGCAAAUAGUAGAGCAGCAAGGUGAAAUGCAGCAUCGGCGGGGUGGUAAGGUCGGCGAUGGCGACAAUGGCACUGCAGGGACCCCGAUUUGUUACUCACAACUCAAAAAGCCCCUUAACCCUUGAAUGCCGAUGAAAUUGAAGUAUUACAAGAAAUGUCGAGAAUUCUUUCCCUUUUUUACGAUGCAACUUUACAAACAUCCGGAAGCAAAUAUGCGACCAUUCGUUUAUUAUUCCACUAAUAUACGAACUACAACAAAACUUACGAAGAAUGAGCCGUGAACUAAAAAAGGCUGCCAGUACGGUUUUCAACAUACGAAAACAGAACGGUUUCAAGGAUAGCAACAAUUAUAGAUCGCAGAUUCAAAAAAGAUGCUUUUAACGGCUCAUCCAAUGCUGACCAAUCUGUCAAAGCGCUAGAGCAGGAAAUACACGCCACAAUAGCCAAAAAUUCGCAUCAACUUCUAACUCCACCGCAUACUCCAAUAGACGAUUCAUCGAAAUCAAAAUUUUCCUUUCUGAUGUCAAAAAUUUUAAGUAAACCAAAAACCAGCAGAGCAGAUGCAAUAAUCAUUUUAAGGCAAUAUUUGGAAAAAUGUUAUCUGCCAGAGCACGAGGAUCCACUCAUCUACUGGAAGAUGAACACUGAUGAUGACAUGAGCCCACUAAAAGAAGUGGCAAAAAAAUGUUUAUGUAUUCCGGCAACGUUGACAGACGCUGCUCCCUGAAAACGAAGAUUUUAGAUCGUUUAUAUUCCUCAGCAAAAAUAUUAAUAAUUUUUAAAA